AUGGACUGUGGGUAUUAUACAUCAUUUACAGAUGAAAAUCCUGGGAGAAGGUUUUAUAAAUGUCAAAAUCCUAAUGGUGGCUGUGGAAUGUGGGAAUGGUUUGAUAAACAUGUGUGCAAUGUGUCUUCUACUCUAUUUCCUAUUCUACAAGAUGAAAUACUUAACUUGAGGAGUGACUUGAAGCUCAGGGAUAGGCAGAUUCAAAUAGUUGAGGCCGAAGUGAAGGCUUGCCAUGUUGAAAAUGCCAAGUUUAGAGACCAGCUCCAGGGCACGGUCCCCGAGGCGCCACCUCCGCCAUCCCCGACCAACGGCGGGGACGGACGCCACCGUCCCGUCGCAGGCGAUGCGAACUUUGACACGAACAUGGUCAUCAUCCUCGCGGCGCUGCUUUGCGCAUUGAUAUGCGCGCUCGGCCUCAACUCGAUCGUGCGGUGCGUGCUCCGGUGCGGGCGGCGGAUCGCGUUCGAGACAGCUGAGGAGACGGCGGCGAGGCUGGCAGCAACCGGGCUGAAGAAGAAGGCCUUGAGGCAAAUACCGGUGGCGGUUUAUGGGUCAGAGGGGGCGAAUAUCCCAGUAGCGGCGACAGACUGCCCGAUUUGCCUCGGGGAGUUCGCCGACGGGGAGAAGGUGAGGGUGUUGCCUAAGUGUAAUCAUGGGUUUCAUGUGAGGUGUAUUGACACAUGGCUCGCUUCGCACUCGUCGUGCCCUACGUGUCGACACUCGCUGCUUGAUCGGGCGACGGCGGCAGGUGGUGGUGCUGGUCAACAGCACGCGGCGGAGGCGGCGGUGGAGGUGGUGGUUGUGGACGAGGUGAGCUAACACUU